CAUCGACCAUGUCUGCUCAAGAUAAAUUCAACUAUUACAUCGCUCAGAUCGACAAGGAGCUCUCCAAAUACCCAGCCUUGACCAAGCUCGAGCAACAACUCCAAGUUCCUAAGGCAUAUGGUGUCCUUGGUCUCGCCGGGCUCUUCUCGAUCUUCAUCUUCUUCAACAUCUUCGCUGGGUUCUUGACCACCGCCCUCGGUUGGGGUUUACCGGCUUACUUUUCCAUCCAGGCCCUGGAAUCUCCCAGCUCCGGUGAUGAUGUCCAGUGGCUAACCUACUGGACCGUCUUUGGUUUCUUCAACAUCAUCGAGACCUUUGCCGACAUUAUCCUGUACUGGUUCCCAUUCUACUACACCUUCAAGUGUGUAUUCAUUGUUUGGCUCAUGUUGCCCCAAACCCGUGGGGCCCAGACCGUCUAUCACAAGGCCUUGAAACCAUUGGUCGCCAGUACGGCAUCCAAGACCAGCGCUCCUCCAGAGACUGCCCCUCAAUAGUCACAAUCCUGUUCGUCUUCUCUCCUACCUAAUCGAACUUAUCAUCUUCAAAACGACUCUAGCCUUUUCAUUCUUACACACAGA